GUUCUAAGCCCCGCCCCUCCUUCUGGUUUUAGGCCGAGUCCCAGGCCCAAAGCUGCUCUGCGCAAGCGCCUCCGGCCCCGCAGCUCCGAGAAGUCCUUUCGGAAACAAACAUUCCCCAGGACAAUGUCAAGACCUGGUCUUCCCCAGGAGUCAGUCAGAAACAGUUUGCUAGAUGAUGCUAAGGCCCGCUUAAGGAAGUGUGAUAUUGGAAGCAAAUAUUCUCACUUGCCGUAUAACAAAUAUUCCAUCCUUUUGCCAUUGGUGGCUAAAGAAGGAAAUCUCCAUUUGUUAUUCACUGUCCGGUCAGACAAGCUAAGAAGGGCUCCUGGAGAAGUUUGCUUCCCUGGAGGUAAGCAAGAACCUACAGACAAAGAUGAUGUAGCCACGGCCCUCCGAGAAGCCCAGGAGGAAGUGGGGCUGCGUCCUCAUCAAGUGGAAGUUGUCUGCUGCCUGGUGCCAUGUCUUCUUGAUGGCCAGAAGAGAGACACUGGCUACUUUGACAACCUUAAAGCAGACUCCAGGAAUAUCACCAACAGCAUGAUCUUUGCGACCAAAUCCAGCAACCAGGACUUCAUCGUUUUCCUCAAUAAAGUUCAAGCAACCAUCACUGAGUACAAAGGCUGUGAUUUUUUUGCCAUUCUUGAUCACUGCACCCUGACACACUUCCUAAUGGCAGAAUUUGACUGCUUGGCUUCAACUCCUACGUUUUUCACUACGAUUCCUUUUGCAUGAGAAGCACCUCCAAAAGGGUUGGCCUUCAGGGCUGUGCCCACAUGGGCUUUCUUGUCUUAGUACUUUUUUGAAUGUGGCUACCAGAAAUUUUAAAUUUAUAUACAUGGCUUGCAGCAUAUUUCUAUUGGACAGAGUGGCUCUAGAUGACUCAUGUGUGGCCAGGACACUAGGACCCUGGAGAAGUAACACCCCGUGUACAGAUACAGUUUGUGUUCUACCCACAUCCCUAGGAGCCUACCAUGGCAGUGAGCUCCAGAUCACUUCCAACAGCCAAAAUUUCAUCUCUGUUCCAGCAGGCUUUUUCCAAAUCCAUAGCAGGCCAGCUGGAAGUGCCAGGCAAUUAAAGUCCCCCACCUCAGCCCUCAACCAAUGACUGAUGGGAUCUCGCAUAUCAAUAGCUCAGGUUUUUUGCCCCUCGGGUGGGGUAAUUCUGAGAUGGGUGUUCUGUGCAUUGCUCCCAAACCGAGCUAAGCUCUGGGUGCUUGCCAUGCUGGAGGGUUUCUCAUCUCUUUUCAUUGGCUGUCUUCCUUUCUUUGCCCUAUUUCCCCACUCCCAUAGCAAUGUGCCCUGUAA